GACAUCUCGAGCUUCAAUUCCAUUUACGAUCUUGGCUCUUUACCAGCUGACUUACUUUUAAUCUUACAUAUUACUUAUAAAUACCUUCAUCUCUCACUUCCAUCUUAUAUUAUUGCCUAUGAAUUACUCUAUUUAUAAUAUCUUAUCCUAAGUAGAAUUCCUGAAAAUGGCGCCGCCUACAUCCUUACGCUCUGUUGUCGCAUAUGCGAGCAACCUCGUUUCGCAGUUCCCAAUGGGACUGUCCAAUUUACCGAAUCCUCUCUCCGUAUUCAACCCACCAGCUCCCAUUAGCCAUGGACACUCCGUCGUUCCCUACGAGCCUCUUUCCGGCGCACCGACAUGCCCUAUCGACGGACCUAUAAGCUGCAAUAAUAAUACCGCUGCCGAUUCAUGCUGUUUUGUCCACCCUGGUGGGCGUCUGCUGCUCACCCAAUUUUGGGACGAGAAAGUUCACGUCGGUGGCAGUGAAGAAGAUUGGACCGUUCACGGGUUAUGGCCAGACCUUUGCGAUGGGUCAUUUGACCAAUUCUGCGGCAUGGCCCCACGAUUCGACAACAUCAGUGCGGUGCUAGAACACUACGGUCAGGGGGAUCUUCUGGCGGAGAUGAACAGAUAUUGGAUUGCGAAAUAUGGUGGGAACAAUCAUUUAUGGGCUCACGAAUAUAACAAGCACGCCACAUGCAUCAACACCCUUGCCCCAAGCUGCUACGGCGACGAUUAUCAGCCAGGUAUCGAGGUGGUAGACUAUUUUGUCCGAGCAUUCAGCUUAUUCAAAAUGCUCGAUACCUACCGGGCCUUGAUGGACGCUGGCAUCGAACCGGACUACAAGAAGACGUACUCACUAGACAAGAUCCAGUCCACGCUCGAUGAGUUCAGCGGCGGCCGCGUAAUCCUCAAGUGUACCGGCAGGCAUCACAAUGUCUUGCACGAAGCUUGGUAUGUGUACUUCAUCAAGGGCAGCUUGCAAAGCGGUAACUUUGUCCCGGCAAAGGACAGCUUCAAGGGAGAUCAGGGCAAUUGCGCAUCUCAAGUGAGAUACUUGCCUAAGAGUCAUAAAUGAGCGGUCAUAUCACUGCCAUCUGUUGUUUGAAUAUCAUUUCAGCAUCAUCGGUCUUGUCUGGCGUUGGGGCACUUUGGAUUAUACAUAUGGGCUUAUGCUGCUAAUAAGGGGUACAAUCACUGCCCUUGUUGGCAAAUGUUUAGGUAUAUUAAAUUGGGAAUUUUUAUAAAGUGAUUUACCUACAGUCGGCUUGGCUACCGAGUGCUGCUCAGUGUUUCGGGAAUCAAAGUCUAUCUCGGUAGCUAGUCUUACGAGUCUUGCUUGAAUCUGUCUACACAUGGUGUUGACUUUUAAGCCUACUAAAGACUAUCGCAGAAGAGAAAAGACCGCACUAGGGGUUGCUUGUUGUUGACCUAUCCUCCUGCAUAGACCUUGUAUAACUAUGACAACCUUUCUCGGUAUUAAUUCAAUGGCGUGGAAAGGAAUAACGUUGGACUCCAAGUUAAUAUACCUGCAUACAUACCUACGUAACUCUACAUAGAUCCCCUUUCCCCUUGAGACGUUGUCUCAGAUCAGAC